AUGGAGCAAUACAGAAACUGUGAAAGUGGAACCAGUAGCACAAGUAAUAGUCAAAGCCAAAACCCAUCCCCAGCUCUGCCGAUGAAGAGUAAACAGCGAGAACAGAGCAAAUCGGUUAUCGAAGACAAGGAGUGCAUCGGAGGUCACAAGUGUUCGGGGUUCGGACAAUGCAGUCCCGUCAAGAACACUCCAUCCCCAAAGAAAAAAGGUACCCAGCUACACCAACCAAUAACGAUAUUAAGACCGGAAAGUAGACUUGGAGUAAGUGCAUGUUUACAUCGCGGGGAUUUUCGCAACAAAUGCUCCCGCCCAGCCGUCGUUACGAAAAGCCUCACAGCCUUAAAUCAAAGACUUUACCAGGAUUCGAAAAACACAACUAGGGGUGCAUCAGGAGAUAAGAUCGACGGAACUGUCCGAGCGUCACCGAAAAGGCGUCUGAUACUGAUGUCACCCUCAAAGCUCGAAUCAGACGUCGUGAUAACGAGAACACCAGAUUUAGAAGGGGCGUAUACGUUUCAAUCAAUGAACAGGCGGGUAUCAGGAUCUUACCAAAAGUCGGAAGUGAUACAAACCGGGGGCGGAGAUGAGAAGGUCACCAUUCUACGAUCACCCAGAAUGGAAGGUAUCCGAAAACAGUUAUUUCUAUCCAACGAAGCAUUAAUGGAUAGUUCUCCGGAAAGUUUGGCCAUCAGGCUUUUGGAGUCGACCGAGGGAGGCGGACCUUGCAUGAAAAUGGAGUUUCUGAAAAGUUCGGAAGAAAAAAUUGUCAGUGUUUCUUCAGAGACGUCUGUCACUCCAGUCGUCGUAACAGCAAAGGAAGCCGAACAAAAACAUUUUCUUUCCACCAUAAGAUAUUCGCUUUGGAAGGAAGAACUAGCACAUCAAAAAAUUUCAAAUCGCGUAACGAGAAACAAGAAGAAACAAUGCAAGCCACACAAUGUAGUUAAGAUUGAGAAUACUCAGCUUCGGUAUACCAAUACAUUACCGAUGAAACCAAUCGCCCUUUCACCUCAAGCAAAUGACGCUGACAUUGAACUAGUUGAUAUCGUUCCCCACGAUAACGUAACGGUAACCAAACUUCAAAACGUACUUAGUGAGAUUAACUCAAAGUCGAAGACACACAAUGGAGAUCAAAAAAUGUUUCCGUCAACUCACUUCGUACCAACGACUUUCAAGAAUCGCACAUACCUCCGAGUCACUAACUUUCUUCCCUACUAUUGUUCAAGUACCCUUGAUGAUACCAGCUUAUGUACUUCGUAUCGCAGUGGUCGAACCGAGGAUACCGAAAAAAUUAUCAUCCACGCUGAUCCUCAUUUGUAUCCAGCGAAUUUAUUCCAAACGGCGCAAAUUGGUUUGAUAAAUAAAGUCUGGUCAGAAAAUAUACUCACAAUUCCAUGGUACAAGGUCCAACCGACAAAAAGUUACAACUUGCGUUUGCUGAGUCCUUUUCAAUUAUUGCCUUUAUGGAAGAACUACAAGAUGAACAGUUUACAAGAACAGAUUGGCGCUGGAACAGCCUCUAAUGCCAAGAACGACCCGGACGGGUAGCGUCAAGUCAAUCAUUAUAAACAAUCCUACACGACAAAGUUAAUGUGCGAGUCUGUCCUCAAAGUUCGCGGCGAUUCAAUCAAUUCAGAAACAUUUCCACUCGCACCUUUCAUCGCACUUUUUGCUAUCGAACAAAACUGGCAUUUAUAUCGCAAGAAAAACUUUCCCUACGUUAAGACCAAGUU